AUGAAGGUGUCAUCUAUUAUCGCGAGCUUCAGCUUGCUGGCUGCUACCGCAUAUGCGCAGGCCAAUAAGUCACCAGCCGUAACGUCAAACGGGACCGUCCUUUCGGUGUUCCUUUUCCACAACCACUGCGACAGAACCUCGCUCAUCUUGCCCGAUGGCACUCAGGGUGGUACUUUUGGCGCUGGGGGUGCUACAAUGUGCUUUCAAGACGGGGCGUAUUAUUGGAACAAGUAUCUUAGAAAGGAUGCUCCAUUGAAGAUAUACGGAACCUCGCAGAUAUUCAAUUCCGACUAUGUCAAUGCUGAGGUUCCAAACAUGGAUCUUUCUAUCCAGUCCGCAAUGGCCUUCUUGCAGGGGCUCUAUAGACCCGUUGCAUACCAAAACACCAUCACGAGUGGCAAUGAUAUUCUGGCCGCCGAUAACUCCACUUUUUCAAACGGACCUCUCAAUGGCUUCCAAUACGCCCCGAUCACCACAUAUCGCUCUACAGACCCCCAAUCCGUCUGGGUGGCAGGUAACCUUCAGCAGUGCAACAAUCAGAAAAUCUCUUCUGCACAGUAUUACAGCUCGGACGACUACAAGUCCCUUUAUGAUGAAUCCAAACCAUUCUACGAUAGCCUCUAUGAACCAUAUUUCCAAGGCGUCUUUGAGGAUUUCCAUAUGGUGUUCUAUUAUGCCUACACCCUCUACGACUAUGUCAACCAAAACCGUGAAGCCGGGAACUCCACUCUCCUUGAAAUGUCCGACGAGGACUUCCAACAGUUGCAUAUUUAUGCUAAUCACUUACAAUUCAACAUGUACGGCAAUACCACUACCUCCGUGAACCCCAAUUGGACAAGUGGAGACCUUACCGAAGACCUUCGUGACGUCGGCGGUCGUCUAAUGGCUAAUAAAAUCGCUCGUACCUUCCGUGAGCAAUUAGCUUCUCCAGGCGGUUGGUCGAGUAAAUUCAAUUUUGUUCUUGGAGACUACGAUAUCAUGCUAUCUUUCUUUGCUAUCGCGAACCUUCCAUCCCGUAGUCCUGAUUUCUUCGGACUCCCGGAUCUAGGAUCUAGCAUGGUUUUCGAACUCUACACGGACGAUCAAACACUCAGUACUGAUCACAUCGUUGAUCAGCAGUCGAUCAAAGUGGCGUUUGGUUUUAGAAACGGAACUACCGUGGACGAUACACUUACCUAUUGGCCACUAUUCGACCAAGACGAUGAUGAAUUCGGUAUGCCGUAUCAAGAGUUUUUGGCGAAGUUGGAUGAAGUUGCUGUCAGAAGCGUGGGACAAUGGUGCAGUGUAUGCUCCGCGAAAUUAGACUUCUGCCAGGGCACUGGGCCGGCGAACCCGCCAACUGGCUCAAAUACCAAUGGAGAGAACGACGAGCAGGGUUCAACUCAAAGACAUGGUAUGGCACCAGCAGUCGCAGGAGUCAUCGGUGCAAUUAUCAUGUUGGCAAUAGUGGGCAUUGUGGCCGCCCUCGCCUUCUUUGUAUUCGGAGUUGGCGUUCGAAGGGAACGCAGACGAAGCAGUGUGCUCAGUGGUAUCGGUAGCAUCGGACGCAGCCAGCCAAAGGAGAAGCUGGAGAGCGACAUUGAGUUACCGUUGAGUCCUACAGCUCAACCAUUGCCAAGGGGGUUCGGUGAAGAUAACGAGUUUGAAUACGGAACCGCUUCAACAGUUGCCACGAAAGUUGCGAGCCCGCUGGCAAGUCCACAGGAAGCGCAUUUCAAGACUUGGGAGUCAAGACUCUGA